GUCUGAAUUUGCCAUGCUUGCUUGGAAGGCAGGUUCUGUAAAGAGGCAGCUGCUGCAUCUGAUGCUGCUCCACACAGCCUGGGAAAUGGGGAGCGGCCAGCUCCAUUAUUCUGUGCCGGAGGAAUCCCAGCACGGCACCUUCGUGGGCCGCAUCGCCCAGGAUCUGAGUCUGGAAGUGAGUGAACUGGUGCCUCGGAUGUUCCGGAUGGUAUCCAAAGAGCAGGGGGCGUAUUUUGAGGUAAAUGUACAGAAUGGGGUUUUAUUUGUCAAUUCUCGGAUAGACAGGGAGGAGCUGUGUGCCAACACUGCUGUGUGCAUUAUUCACCUUGAGGUGCUUUUGGACAAACCCCUGAGGGUUUUCCACGUGGAAGUGGAGAUUGCUGACAUAAAUGACAAUGCCCCCAUUUUUCCUGUCACAGAGAAGCAAUUUACUAUUGCAGAGUCUAGCGUUCGUGAUUCACGUUUUCCUCUAGAGGGAGCCUCUGAUACGGACAUCGCUGCAAACUCUCAGCUCAAAUACAAACUUAGCCCAAAUCUUCAUUUCCGACUAGAGGUAAUGGAGAAUCAUGAACGUAGUGCGUCUUUAUUUCUUGCUUUAAAUAAACCUCUUGAUAGAGAAGAAUGUGCUGUUCACCAUUUGUUACUCACAGCCAUUGAUGGAGGCCAACCACAGCUCACUGGCACGGUCCAGCUGGUGAUCAAAGUGCUAGAUGCAAAUGAUAACCCUCCUAUAUUUAACCAGUCAAUUUAUAAAGUCCAAUUAUUAGAAAACUCAGAGAAUGGGUUAUUAGUAGUGAAGAUAAAUGCUACAGAUUUAGAUGAGGGAACAAAUAAGGAAAUUACAUAUACAUCAAGCACAAAUGGAGAAGAAAAGUUUAUCCUUGAUCAAAGGACUGGUGAGAUCCAUGUGAAAGGAAGUGUGGAUUUUGAAGAUAGGAACUUUUAUGAAAUACAAGUUGAGGCAAAAGACAAGGGGAAUCCUCCAUUAUCAGGACACUGCAAGGUUUUGAUUGAGGUUCUGGAUCUAAAUGACAAUGUUCCUGAAAUUUCUGUGAUGUCGCUGUUGAUUCCUGUUCCAGAAGACUCCCCACUGGGAAUGGUAGUGGCCCUUAUCAGCAUCUCAGACAGAGACACUGGUGCCAAUGGACAAGUGAGCAGUUCUUUAUGGCCACCUGGGAUUCCCUACAAGCUAGUGCCCACUGUUAAGAAUUACUAUUCAUUGGUGCUAGCCGAGCUCCUGGAUCGGGAAGAAAUGGCUGAGUAUAGGCUGGUAGUGACAGCGCAAGACCAGGGGACUCCAUCACUGUCAGCAACCACCAUCCUGGUGGUUCCAAUCAGUGAUGUGAAUGACAAUGCACCUGCUUUCGUACAGACCUCCUACACAGUCUUUGUGAAGGAGAACAACCCACCUGGUGCCCACAUCUUCACAGUAUCUGCCACAGACCCAGAUAUGGCUGAGAACGCCCUCAUCAGUUACUGGAUAGAUGAGAAUCUCUGGCCCCUGUCGAGCUACAUCUCAGUGCACUCAGAGAGCGGGAAGCUCUAUGCCUUGCAGCCCUUGGACUAUGAGGAGCUGAAGCUAUUGGAAUUCCAAGUGAGCGCCAAGGAUGCGGGCCUGCCCUCCUUGUGUGGCAAUGUCAUGGUGCAAGUCUUUGUGGUGGAUGAGAAUGACAAUGCGCCUUCAGUGCCUGGGCUAGAGGAGAUUCCCAUCUUUCUGGUGGUCCCUGUGGCUGCUGGGCAUGUGGUGGGCAAGGUCCGUGCCAUAGAUGCUGACUCAGGAUACAAUGCCUGGCUGUGCCAUGAGAUGGAUGAAGCAACCAAUGGCCCUUGGCGGGUUGGACUAUACAGUGGGGAAAUCAGUACUACACGUGCUCUGGAAGAUGCAGAGGGCAGUAACAGCCAGAGGCUGCUGGUUCUAGUGAAGGACCAUGGUAAGCCAGCCCUGUCAUCUACAGCUACUUUGAGUGUGUCCCUUGUGGUGAAUUCCCAGGCUCUCUAUGGAGAUGCACACCUUUUCAGGACAGGAGGGAGUCCAAAGCCACAGAUGGACACUGUCAAUGUGCAUUUGAUCAUUGCCAUCUGCUCAGUGUCCAGCUUGUUCCUGCUGGCGAUCAUAGUGUACGUGGCCCUGCGAUGCCACUGCCAGGCAAAGGAGUCAGUGGUGUAUGGUCCUGGCACAGCCACACUGGUAUGCGCCAGUGAAGUGGGCAGCUGGUCGUAUUCAAAUCGCCACAGCCACAUCCUGGCAGGAGUGAACGGAGAGGCUGGUGCCAAGAGUGACCUCAUGGUUUUCAGCCCUCACCUUCAAACCUUCGUGGACAAUAGGGAAGUGGGAAUUGCGAAGGAUCCAGUUCCAAAUUUAUCUGGCCAGGUCUCAGUUAUACAAGCCAGGUCAGCCCUCUCAUACGCAAUUAAAUCAUGGAUGAAUGAGAUCUUAUUCUGGAUUGACCUAGCAUUUAGCAGCAGUACCACAAGACUCAAGGGCAAGCUGGUAGAACAACCAGAGACCAUCCAGUUUCGGGAGAAACCAGAAGAGGGAGCAGGCCUUCUCCAGGUCAGCAACCUUAGCCUCAAGGGAACAAACUUGUUCCUUGAGAGCCAGGAGCUCAUUACAUUGAGCACACCUCCAUGA